UGUGUAAAUAUGAAACGUCAAAUGGAAGAAACAUUCAGACAAGUUUAACCAAAACAAAUUCCAUUCUUGUGAACCCCAGUGCGUUAUCUUGUGAAAUUUCCGAACAGAUUUCAUCGAAGUAGGACCAAAAUGACUACCGAAAAGUUUGAAUACGAUGCGGCUGUCGGCGGUACAGUUGAUUUACCGGAUUCCAUUCAAACAUACAAAUAUGUAGGCGAACGGGUCACGGAAAUCAAAUCACUCUUGAAUUCCAUCCAAAAUCCCAAUCAAACAAAACUUGUAUUCCAAACACUUCCACGGCAUAUGCGCCGUCGAGCCAUGUCACAUUGUCCGAAAAGGCUACCGCGAAAAUAUCGUCAGGCACAUAUGAGUCAAAUGAGAAAGAGCGGAGUACCGGCUAACGCGAAGAGACCAUCCCGCAAGUAUCGGCGAAAGCCAAACAAUUUACUAAAGGAAUACAUUCGGCGCCAGCGCAAAAAUAUGUGGAUGGAAACACAUAUUUGGCAUGCAAAGAGAUUCCACAUGAUAGACAGAUGGGGAUAUAGGCUACCUCAAUCGUCGUGCGACAAAACGUUUCGAUCGUCGUUUCGAGCCACCGCCAAGCAUUGUUUGGUUCAAGAUAUGUCGCACACUGGCUGCAUUGAAUUGGUAGCUAGCGUGGAAACGAUCUCUAACGGUUUCCAGAAAUUAACCAGUUCGCGAUGUAAUCGAGGAGUUGCAGCAAAGAUGUACCUGAAUGGCAAAAGACAUGGCUCGAUGAAUCUAUUCAAAAUCGAUUCUUAUCCCAUGGGUGCUCUCGGUAACGUUACAUUCGUGUGGAAACCAGUUGAAAAUGUGACGAAUAUCGACAAUGAUGACCGGCGCACCAUCUGGAUAUUUGUUCAUGCGUCCUUCUAUCGAGACGUUGCGAAUGAGAUUAUCACCGUUUUCGACCUAGAAGAUGCGGAAAAGGUAGCCACUAAACCAUUAAAUGAAAUCAAGCUUCGUCAAAACGUUUCGAUUCGGAGAAACGAAACAUUGAACAUGGAAAUGAAGGAGCUGAAGGAUCAAUUGAAUUAUUUCCGCCUGACUGGCCCACUAUCACAAGCUGUCCUCAGCAAUGCAUUCAAAUGCAAAACCAACUGUCCAUCACCUGACGAUUCGCGAACAUGGUUGGAUCAUUUCCUGUUGACAGAAAUGGGAGCAUUGGCUCACAACAGCCAAAGCAAUUAUUGGUCUAACAUCAAAACGGUCAACUCACCGUCCGAGCUAUGUCCGAACAUGGUGCUAGCAUUGAAUAUUGAAGAUCCGAGGAUCAAUCGACCGAAAAAACGAACUCAAGCAUUCCCAUCAGACGAGCCACCAACAACUCCAAAAUUCAACGAUUCUACGUUAGAAAUUCCCGAAUUUAAUGCCGUUAGCCAAAUCUGGGACAUGCAAGGUCGUAAUGCUGUAUCCGAAUCGAAAAUCUCAACACACGAGCUAUGCACACAGCGCAACAAAAACGCAUUGGUUCCUGGUGAACGUUGUGCUUUCGAAGACACUCUUCAAGCAGUCCCUGUGCUACUGAUGCAACGACCCGGGAGUUCAGACUCAAAAUUCUCAAGACUCGGUUACGGCUGUGGUUGGGACGUUGUUGUGCCGGCUGGAUAUGGAAUAUCGACUUGGAUGUGUUUGAUUAUGUGGGGUGCUCGAGCCGGUGGUCUGCGGGAAUCUGAAACAGUGUGUCGAGAAAGUGGAUUCGAUGAAUUCGAACCAGAUACGUUAACUGGCAUGCGUAACAGUGAGGAAAAACACCAAGAGUUGCGCGAAAAGUACUUUAAACUUCCACAAAAUAAACGACCGAACUAUAAUAAGCUGUCGAUAAACUCUCCAUUCAAGUGCCUCUGGUCGCAAUUAGUCAACGACUGGAAAAACAACAAUACGAACGCCGAUGGUGGCUUCUACGUUUUACGGGAUCCUGCUCACUUGCAAUUGAUUCAGAAGUCGCUAGACUCUGGCAACACCACCGGUUUGACUGAUCUCCCAACGAACUGUUUAGUUCCCAUCACUGUAACCAUGGAUUCAAGAGGAACACUGACAAACAAUUCAUUGAUUUGUCUUCCGAAACCCAGCGAUCUGAAACGCGACAUUCGUAAGAAAAGCAAUUUCGACAAAGAACCCGUGUAUGAAGAACCGCUUAAAGUCGAUCCAAACGAAAAUGAACGGAAAACUUUGCGAUCGAACCAUUUGAAGUUGCUGAAAAGACUGAGACGUCGACGGGUGCGUGUGAAACGACGCAAACAAGAAACAUCCGAUCGGAGAGUUAUUAUUGCGAAGCCAGGAACGGCCAAACUUAUCCGUGAACAAUUGGAUAAGAUGCGAGAGUUAUGGCUGCCGGAGAAUCCAACGUCUGUGCGAAAUCAGUGUAGCAGAGAGGUGCUCGGUUUCGUGACAUUUUCCAAUUUUAGUUUCAUUGAAGCCAAAGUCACCGGGACCGGUUACAUAGCGCUGAACAGUUUACCGAAACUGCUGAAAAGUUGUGGCAAAGUUAAGGGAAAUGUGCGAGUGAUGGUUAGGUCUACGAAUUCCCGACAAUAUCGACUUGCCAAAGUGAAAGUGAAGGUAUGAUGCAAUAAAUUGAAAUUUACGUUGCAAUCA